AUGGAAAAAUUUAUGAAAGAUGUGCUAGUAAUUCUUUUUGUGUUUUUGAGUGUGCAUGAAGUGUCUCUGGCAAGAACACAAAAGAGUGAGAAUAAGAUUACUUACAUUGUUCAUGUUGCGAAAUCCACAAUGCCAACAAGCUUCAGCCACCAUUCAAUCUGGUACAAAUCAAUUCUGAAGUCGGUAUCCCAGUCAGCUGAAGUACUCUAUACCUAUGAUAAGGCAAUGCAUGGAUUCUCAACAAGUUUGAGUGAUGAAGAACUUCAGUUACUAAAGAGACAACAUGGGAUUCUAAAGGUGACACCAGAUAAAAAGUACAAACUUCACACAACUCGAACACCGGAGUUUCUCGGGCUUGAUAAAAUUGCUAGUUUGUUCCCCACGACAAAAAAAAGUAAUGAUGUAAUUGUGGGACUCAUAGACUCAGGUGUAUGGCCUGAAAGCAAGAGCUUUGAUGAUACUGGAUUUGGGCCCAUCCCGCGCAACUGGAAAGGAGAAUGUGAAACCGGUACAAAUUUUACAACAUCUAAUUGUAAUAAGAAAUUGAUUGGUGCUAGAUUCUUUUCAAAGGGUUUCGAGGCAUUUUUGGGUCCAAUUAAUGAAACCAUUCUGUAUAGAUCACCUCGAGAUGAUCUAGGCCAUGGAACCCACACCGCUAGCACAGUUGCAGGAUCUGCGGUGGAAAAUGCAAGUCUUUUUGGCUAUGCUGAUGGAACUGCACGUGGGAUGGCAAUUGGUGCUAGAGUUGCUGUCUAUAAGGUUUGUUGGAAAAUUUUCUGUUCAAGUUCUGAUAUAUUGGCUGGGAUAGAUCAAGCCAUUGCUGACAACGUCAACAUUGUUUCGGUGUCGCUCGGAGGUUCAGCAGAUGAUUACUUUAAGAAUCACAUCGCAAUUGGAGCCUUUGCAGCAAUGGAACAUGGCAUUCUAGUCUCAUGCUCGGCAGGAAAUUCUGGCCCUACUCCUUUCAGAGUAGGUAAUGUGGCGCCAUGGAUUACCACUGUGGGAGCUGGAACAAUCGAUCGAGAUUUCCCUGCAUACAUCAGUUUAGGAAAUGGAAAAAAUUAUUCAGGUGCAUCCCUUUAUAAAGGCAAUGAUUUGCCCGAUACUCUUGUGCCAAUCAUAUAUGCAGGGAAUGCAAGCAACGGUGAAGGAAAAAGUGCUGAGAUAUGUGAUUCAGGUAGCUUGGCUCCGGAAAAAGUUGCAGGAAAGAUUGUGUUGUGUGACCGUGGAGUGUUGGCUCCGAUAUUCCAAGGAGAUACUGUGAAAUCUGCUGGUGGUUUGGGCAUGGUGUUAGCCAACAGUAAGAUAGAUGGAGAAAUACCACUAGCAUAUGCCCAUAUUUUGCCAGCAACUUCCGUUAGCUUCACAGAUGGCGAAGCUAUCAAGAAUUACUUGUUUUCUGAUCCAAACUCGACAGCUACAAUUGUGUUUCAGGGAACCAAGCUAAAGGUUGAUCCAUCUCCUGUUGUUGCAGAUUUCAGCUCACGAGGCCCGAAUUCAGUAACCCCUCUGAUAUUGAAACCUGAUAUUAUUGCUCCCGGUGUUAACAUUAUAGCAGCUUAUUCAAAAAGUGUGAGUCCUACAUUUUUGGCUUCCGAUCCUAGGCGCGUAGAUUUCAACAUUCUAUCAGGCACAUCCAUGGCGUGCCCACACGUAAGUGGACUAGCAGCUCUAAUCAAGUCCGUUCAUCCAGAUUGGAGCCCAGCCAUGAUUCGAUCCGCAUUGAUGACAACCGCUUAUACAACUUACAAAAACAAUCAAACAUUAUUAGACAGUGCAACCAACAAGCCAGCAACUCCAUUCGAGUUUGGUGCUGGACAUGUUAACCCUAUUUCCGCCCUAAAUCCCGGACUUGUCUAUGAUUUAACAACGGAUGACUAUUUGAGCUUCCUCUGUGCAUUGAACUACUCAUCUCUUAAUAUCGAAAUUGUAGCGAGGAGAAACUACACAUGCGAUCCAAAGAAACAAUACAGUGUAACAAACCUUAAUUACCCUUCCUUUGCCGUGGUCUUUAAGAGUGAGCAUGAUGAGAUUAAACACACCCGGACUCUUACUAAUGUGGGUGCCGCAGGAACAUACAAGGUAUCUGUUAAGUCAAAUGUUGCAUCUGUCAAGAUCUCAGUUGAACCAGAAGUGUUAAGUUUUAAGAAAAAUGAGAAAAAAUCAUACACAGUUACAUUUACUACAUCGCGUUCUGAACAAAAUAAUACUCGAAGUUUUGGAAGUUUAGAAUGGUCUCAUGAAAAAACUGUUGUUAGAAGUCCUAUAGGGUUUAGUUGGAAAUUUGAUUGA